UCGCACGUCGGAGAAUGUUGUUAAUAAUAAUAACAAUUACAAUUAUAUUAAUUAUUUCAUUAAGUGUGGUUGGCAUUUGGUUUAAAAGAAACUUUAAUUAUUGGACGCAAUAUCCACAAGUGCCAAGUGUAAAGGGAAGAAUAUUAAGUGGCAAGUUGAAGGAUUUUAUAACAUUUAAAACCAGUUUCGGUUAUCAUCUGAGAACUCUGUACGAAGAUGAAAAUUAUAAAAAUGAAGCUGCAGUGGGUAUUUAUGGCCUAUAUCAACCCAGUCUGCUAAUACGAGAACCGGAAUUAAUAAAAUCUGUAUUUAUUAAAGAAUUUGACAGUUUCAGCAGUCGACCCUGUCGUAGUGAUGUACGUCACGAUCCUCUGGGAGCUUUGAAUUUGGUGUUUGCUGAAUAUCCCUACUGGAGAGAAAUGCGUUUGAAAUUAAGCCCAAUAUUCUCUGGUGCAAAACUAAGAUUUAUGUAUCCCUUAAUGCAGAAAGUUGGCCAAAAUUUAAACGAUUAUAUCAGCCAACAGGGGAACUGUUUUAAGCUGGAAUUAAAGCAACUAUUUGGUCGCUAUAUAACAGAUACUAUAUCGACCAGUAUAUUAGGAACUACCUCCAAUGCUUUGCAAAAUGCUAAUGACAUCAUGUAUUUGGAAGGAAGAAAAUUUACACACUUUAAUCUGAGAAGAGCUUUAGAAUUCUUGAUACUAUUUUUUGCACCCAAACUUAAUAGAUUGCUAAGACCAAGAGUAUUUUAUAAGUCCACCGAAAACUUUAUGAGACCCUUUAUAAAAUCUAUGCUGAAAGAAAGAGAAGAAAUGGGUACUAAACGUAAUGAUUUAAUAGAUGUAUUUGUUAAAAUUAAACAAGAUGCUGAGGCCAAAGGGGAGAAUAUUUCCCAUUGUUUGGAUGGUCUUACAGCCCAGGCUUGUGUGCUAAUCGGCGGUGCCUUUGAUGCCUCUACGAAUACCAUAGCAAAUGCUUUGCUGGAAUUAUCAAAAAAUCAAGAAGUGCAAAAGAAAUUAAGAGAAGAAAUUUUACAAGUAUUUCGUAAAGAUAAAGGAGAAAUCUGCUAUGAGACUUUAAAUAAAAUGGAUUAUUUACAAAUGGUUAUUGACGAAACUUUAAGAUUGUAUCCGGUACUGCCUGUUUUGGAGCGCUUGUAUGAAUUACCAAUCAAUAAAACUUCAGAGUUCACCCUACAGCCUUUUUAUGACUACAAAUUACGCAAUCAAAUGCCGGUAUAUGUUUCCAUAUUCGGUUUGCAUUAUGAUCCCAAAUACUGGCCCCAUCCCACCAAAUUUGAUCCUGAACGUUUCAGCCCUUCAAACAAGAAACAUUUGACACCCAUGACUUAUAUGCCCUUUGGCGUGGGUCCUCAUAUGUGUAUUGGUUCACGUUUGGGUAUGCUGAAAGUUAAAAUUGGUUUGUCUUAUUUCCUUAAGAAUCAUUAUGUGCGAACUUGUAAGGAGACUGUAGUGAAACCGGAAUUUGAUCCUAAAGCUAUUGUUUUAAAAUUAAAGGGUGAUUUAUUUGUCGAGGUUGUGCGAGAUAAUUUAUUUGAUAGGAAAGUUAAUAAAUAGGUGGGAAUCUUAAAAAAUAAGUGUGUUUUAUUGCUUUAGACGUCAUUGCACCUAAUUUAAAGGUUUUCUGAAAUA